CCACAGUUCGAGGCGUUCAGUCGAAACCUGCGAAUGUGUUGCGAAGCGAGCGCUCAGCUCACGACGGCUCACGGUUCACUUAGCGAAACGUCCGAAGUAAUCAGAGCGCCCCGCCAAGGGUGGCAUUCGCUGUCAGAAAUCGGUCAUCGUCCAACGUGCCCGCUCCCCUCCCCGCCGGCCGGGUAGAUCGCGCUCCAAGCCCCCAUCGCCAACGCGUCAGCUGCUGCCCGUUUCCGCCCGCUUGCGGCUUGCGUUCACGUGGUGACGGAUAGUGACGUAGCGCGCGGUGUCCGUGUGUGUAUGGUGAGCUUCCAUGUGCGCGCGAUAUGUGCAGUGUUUUUUGGACAAUUCCAUGAACGAGAUAAAACGCGGCGGUGAGUCGUGAAUUACACUCGUACUUGCAGUGCAGAGAAGGAGCGGGGCCGCGAGGAACAGGAAAGGGAUUAACUCGUCGCGCCAUUUGCCGUCCCGGGGAGAUGUGCAACGUUCGCCUGAGCAACUGGAAAGGGAUAUAAAACGGAUAAGCGAUUGCCCGGAAAGGAAAUACUUGGCACAUCUUAAAAGUGUCCAUCAUCGCGAGCUCGUUUGGAACUCGGCCAAAUUGGGUGAAUGUGCGAGUAAACGCAGAGUAAUUGCGACGACGUUACACAUGCGCGUAUGCAUUGCACGGCCGUUUGCGAGUUCAUGUGUUAGUGCCCCACAAGAUAACAGACGUCUUAGCGUUUUCUUUGGAGCCUUCCCCCCGUUUGAUUCGCUGCCGCUACGCCAGUCCCCCCGUGGUGGAGUUGCUGUGACCGAGUCCGGGUCCGAAUCAAGUUUCUUUAGUGGAUGAGUGUUGAAUUUGAAUUUGCGCGCCUUUUUGUUGUUAUUCUAACGAUUAGUGACGUAACCGGUGUGUGCGUGUAUGUAGAGUGCACGGAUGGAAUAAGUUUGGAGCAACUUGGAGUUGGAGUCUAGCCUGGGUUACUGUGCCGCAACCGGGACGGGGGAGCGAACAGAAGAAGGGUGGUCGCCGCGCGGUGUCUGGUUUGUCGCCGCCGUUGCCGAGAAAGCGUUUUCGCCUAAGCUUUUCUGUGUAUAAUUUUUCAAAUCGCAGCCUUUUCGUGGUCGAUAAAAUCGCUAAUCGCGUCUGUCAUCUCCCUCUUAGCCUUGAUUUAGGUCAAAAACUCGCCGAGCUCUGUGUCGGUGAAUAGAAUUAGAAUUAGUUUCGAUUUUCGUAUUUUUUUUUGAAUGUCCAGUGGCAGAUUUUGAGCUCUGAUGCGCGUCGACUAAUUUGCAAGCAAUCGGCGCGAAAAAUCUAAAAAAAAAAAUCCUUUGUGAGCUUGUGUUUGAUUUUUGUUUCUCCUUGGAAUACGUCUAAAGAGUGCAUCUAAAGACUACUGGGUAGGUAGCCCAGCAUCAGGUACUGGGACAGUUUCGUCCCUUCGUCAGCCUUGUUUUCACGGUCCUGCAAAAUGCUGACCGUAAGUUAUGGAUGAUAAUGCAUUCGGUGUUGGCCUAAUUGCAUCGUCUCUGUCGUCGUCGUCGGCAUUCGGGAACCCCUCGUAUUUGUCCGUCAGGACACCAUCGUCGAUGUCCUCGUCAGGCGAUGAACGUUCGGCGGCCGGAUCUCGUAGUUCCGUUGCGUCAGUUCCUCUUUCAGAGGUUGCAUCGUCGCCGGUCCCCGCUUCACUAACCAAUCAGCAGUCUGCGUCGUCGACACACGGCGGCGUCGCAACUCCCCCACAGGAUCUAGUAAAAAUUUGGCGUGAUCCUCAAGCGAAUGAGUCUCAAGUUCGUCACAUCCAAUCGCUCCAGCAUCGACUGCUAACUCCUACUUGCUUGGCGAGCGGUGCACUUCCAGCCACCCCAUAUGUACAUCUGCCCGUUUCGAGUGUACACCAACGACCGAGCGUGUAUCCAGCGGAAUUGUGGCAGAAACAAGGAAUACCCAGUCCGCGGGAGUAUCUCGACGAACAACAAUACAGACUUCUUUCAUCUCAUCAUGGAUUACCUAAAGAAAUCACUGCCAGUCUGCAAUGUUAUUCAAAACCAAUGGAUAGGCGGGAGUUAGAACUUCGCGAAAUGGAAAGGCACAAAGACAUGGAACGCGAAAGAUUAGAAAGGGAGCGAUUGGAACGCGAAAGACUGGAUAGGGAACGUCAUCAACAUCAACAACAGCAGCAUCAUGCCCAACAGCAGAAUGUUGCUGCCCAUCAACACCAUCAGACGAUGCAGCAUCAUCUGCAGGCGGCAGCGGCUGCGGCGGCCGUUGUUCAGCAGCAUCAACAGGCGCAUGAACGUGAUAGAGAGAGGCGAGAAAAGGAACAGUGUACCAAUGUGGAGCAGGCGGUAUCACAACAUUUUGAAGAAUCUCUUCGUAGAGUGACAAGGCUUAAAACGCAUGCAUGGCAAUUGAGUCCUGUACGACCCUCGCAUCCUCAAAUGCCACCCCAUCUCACUAUGCAGCCUCACGUACAAGGUCCUCUUCCGCCUCAAACAUCGUCAGCAGUCAGCCUGUCAACAAUGGGGGUAGUUCCACAAUCAUCCGUCGUACAGUCUCAGGCUGCGUCUUUAACGUCGUCUGUGCAACAGCAACAACAUCAACCCCCACCCCAACAGCCACAAAAUGUUCCACAAUCGCAAAGUAUGCUGAGUGGAGCGGACGAGCAACGACGAAGGAUGGUGGAAUGUGAACGAAUAAUGGGACCACGUGAACGUGAAAGGGAACGAGAAAGACAACGAGAACGUGAAAAGGAUCGUGAACUAGAUAGACUGAGGCAACAGCAGGAACUGCAACAAAGGACCUAUUAUGCCACUACAGCCGGGCUUCAAAGGGGACCAGGCAAGGUGAUCGAUUAUGAUGGCCAAAUCCGAAACACAAUACCGCCGGGACCACCACCGCAGUCAAAGCAACAAAUGGAUAAACAACCGCCACAGUUGAAGCCUGAACCGGCGCAAUAUCCAUUAUACAGUUUCCCGCCGUUCGUGCAAAGCUAUCCAAAGGAUAUCAAGUCAAAAUCUGAAUUGGGUUUACCAACACCACCUCCACUGAUGUCCGAUAGUAAAACUCCUCCUGGUAGUGUAAUAGUUAAACAUGAUACUCAUAAGCAAACACCCAUACAAGUGAUCCACUCGAAAGCAACAAGUCAUCCAUCACCGUCUCAUUACAAAGUAGUGCCAGCUGGACCACCUCAUGUGAUGUUUGAAUAUCGGACACCGAAUGAUCGUUACAAACCAACCCCUGUGCAAACAACACAGACAACUCAGUAUAUUCAACAGUCAAUAGUGCAAUCGCAAACGAGUAUACAUCCUCAGCAGCAGCAACCACCGCCGCAAUCGCAGCAGAAAGCCGUACAUUAUAGUGUUUCUACAACCGCUACAAUACAGAACAAACCCAAGGUUUCAUCGCCUGCUCCGUCUCAUAUCUACGGACAGCCAGGAGGUGCAGGCAUUGUAGCAGGAAUUCCAGUGUGCCGUGCACAGGAACCUCCAGUCCUCGCAGUCGCGAAAUCUAGUUCGCCAUCGCCGUUCCAAUCACAUGUUUAUGGGCCGCCACCACCAGUGGCCGGCUCAACAACGGUUCCUCCUCCAGCUCAUUCGUCAAGAUCUAACUAUGAUAGGAUGUUUACAGCGCCAGCGGUGAAACAGAAUCUUCCGAUUGCAAUGCACGGAACAUCACCGCCUACCGCUUCGGCGGCUCCGUUACCUAUGUCUCGGUCCCCCGGAGGCAUGAUGAAACUGAUCCCAUCUCAGAAUAUUGGAAUGCAAAUCGGAUCUCCUCAGACGCAACCGUUAGAUUUGGGUGUAUCGGACAGGAAUCGUGAUGAAAAUUGCAGUCCGAAGCGAAAAGCAUCUACGCCCAUUCACCAUCCCUCAGGAAGCCCAGUUCCAUUUGAUGUGAAAAAGAAAAGAACUGAUCCCCCUCAAUGCAGUCCACUUGCAUUAAACGUAUCAGCUACACCGUCGCCACCUGCUACAUCAUCCCCCUUAAUGCCAGUUGGAACUUACCUAGAUGCCGUGGGUACACGAUCGCUACCACUGGAUCAAAGCCAACCAAUAUCGCGUACGCCGCCUGUAUCUAUUAUUACGGAUCAACAACAAUCAAUAGCGCAGACUAAACCACCACCGCAACCCCAGCAAUUACAAGUUCAGCCGCAAACUCAACCGUUAGCGCUACCAAUACAGCCAAGCCAGUCAACACCUCCUCCUCAAUUUAUACCGAAUUCCGCCUCUUCAAGCAACAGUCCACCAGUUCAACUAGCCAACAACCUCCUUUCAGUCAAUGCAACAAAUCCUAUUCGCACAAGCUCUGCCGACGGAACCGUUCGGCCAUCGAGUACUAAUUCCUCUCUAAGUCCAUCAGCCAGUCCAGGACUGAAUGUACAAAGUGCUCCAAGCACGCCAGCUAAACCCUCGGAGCCUGAGAAAUCAACAAGUCCAGCGCCGAAGCGGCCUGCUGGCACUAGUUCAGCUCCUCGUCACUUGAAGAAAGCAUGGCUUCAACGGCAUACUGGUGAAGAUUAUGAGGAUACAACUGGCGUCGUAGGUAGCGGAAGCUGUGUCAAACUUCCUUUAACUUUAAGUCCGCAGCCUAGCAACAAUAGCACAUCAGCUAAAGAAACUUCGGGAUCAAAUCAAUCGCAGACACAAAAUCAACAACAGCAUCCGGCACCGAGUAGUACGCCACCAGGUCAUUCCGUAAAUUCAUUAGGUUCGAAUAGUAUUAACAAAAGCGCUGUUAAGCCAGGCAAUAAGCAGCAUCCUAAGAAGAGUGUGCUUAACCGUGAUAAUGGGCAUAAUACCGAUUCAGAACAAAAGGAAGAAAGUUCCAGUUCGGACCAGCAGGAGCAGACGCAGAAAAGUCCCCCAAAACGGAAAUCAACAAAAGUGAAACGGCGAAAAGGCGGAACACGCAAACCGUUGGAGGAGAGGAAGAAAAAAAACGUUGGAAGCGAAAGUGAUAAAGAUAGUGACAGUGACAUGUCGGAGAAAGACAGCGACAGCGGGACAAGCGGGACGUCGGCUUCGGUAGGGAAAAAGGCGACGAACGGUAGCACCGGGUCCGGAGCGACGGCUGUACCGAGUCCUGGAGUGAGUCCAGGUGCGGCGAAAGAUGAAGCGAAGGAGCCCAGGAAACGUGGUCGCCGGCCCAAGGUUGCAAAGGACGAGCCAUCGAAAAAGAAAGCGAAGGACGAUAAUGACAAGGCCAAGGACCCCUUUCGCAAGCCGCCAGUUUCGCAGCUGAAGAAAACGGGCGAGUCCUUUCUGCAGGAUGGACCGUGCUUCGAGGUGGCCCCCAAGUUAGCUAAGUGCCGCGAGUGUCGCUGGACCCCGAACCAGCGGUCCAAAAACACUUUGAAUAUAUUUUGCCGAUUUUAUGCAUUUAGAAGGCUUAGAUAUACCAAAAAUGGUCAAUUAGCGAUUGCAGGGUUCUCGGAUCCACACAAGGAUCCCACUAGCGACGAUCUCAGACUUUGGAUGCCGGACGUGGAGAAUCCACCGUCGGACUUGGAUUUGAAUAUGUCGCGAUUUUUGCUGGCGCAGGUUGCGGACCAAUUUUGUGAUCUACUCCAGCAAGAGAAAGAGGCUAUCGCCCAGCAUAUGUCGGAUGACAAAGUAGUCGCUUGGAAGCGAGUCGUCCAAGGCGUUCGUGAAAUGUGCGAUGUGUGCGAGACAACACUAUUUAACUACCACUGGGCAUGCGGUAAAUGUGGAUUUGUCGUCUGUCUCGACUGCUACAAAGAUCGCAAGCAGAAGUCUGCCAAAAUCUGGGGUGAAGUUGGCAAGGACCGAGACGACUUCUCCUGGCUACUUUGCACGAAUCGCGCCCCUCACGAACAAGAACGCCUCAUGCUGACACAGAUCAUCGCAGGGGACUCACUACAAAUUCUCGGUGUUAAAAUUCACGAGACCCGAGCUCUAUGGCAGAUCCCGCAGUGCUGUGGCUGCCCACAAAGUGUGGAAUACACGACGAAAACUCAGAAUGGCGCAUAUAAGGAAUUGAUUCGAAAUAUGAUCAGAAACGAAUGUAACGGUAUCAAAAGUGAAAUAAAGCAGGAAGGCGAACUAUCCAACGGAGCAACGAAAGACGAGAAAGAGGAUAAAUCAGCUCUGUCGUGGCUGGCUGAUGUUGCCCUCCAAAGCGAGGGCAAGAAAAACGGGAACAAUGGCGGUGAUAAGAAAAACAACGGGGAAGACCUGGAUUCCGACUCAAGUUCAGAUAGUUCGGACGAUGGCGGGCAGCAUUCCACGCUACGUGAACUGCUCAUAAGAUCGAACAAAGCGAACGGCAGCCGAUCAAAUAGUCCAGCUUCAUUGCGACACCUGAAGGUGGCGAAAAAGUCCAAAGUGGACGCGAUGGAUGUGGUGCUGAAAAGUGUACAAAAGAAAAAGGACGAAGAGUCGGAUGAGGACGACAUCGCGAAAAGCAUGCAGCUGAAGUACUACGUAGGAAGUGAUAAGAAACGCAGGAAAUACCUGCCCAUCAGGAUAAUGACUUUAACUGAAUCCAAACGCCUAUACCCAGACGUGCCACACACUUGGCUCUGCGACGGGAAGCUGUUACGCCUGCUCGAUGCCAAUCACUCCGGGAACUUUAAGAUAUUCCAGGAGCAGUGGAAGCGUGGGCAGCCGGUUCUCGUUUCGGAGGUGUCGAAUCAUUUGAACAUGGAUCUGUGGCGACCUGAAUCAUUCUCGCGUGAUUUCGGUGAGGACAAAAAUGAUCUCGUAAAUUGUAUGAAUGGCAACUUGGUACCGAAUCAGCCGAUGAAGAAGUUCUGGGACGGGUUUGAAUACAUAAACAAACGACUUAAGGACGAGAAGGGCAAUCCGAUGCUUUUGAAGCUGAAGGACUGGCCGCCGGGCGAGGACUUUGCAGAAAUUUUGCCAACGCGUUUCAAUGAUCUCAUGAAAGCGCUUCCGCUUGGCGACUACACCCAGCGCACAGGUCGCCUGAAUCUGGCCAGCCGAUUGCCUGAUACGUUCGUUCGGCCUGAUCUGGGUCCAAAAAUGUACAACGCCUACGGAUCGGCAUUGCAUCCGACAAAAGGUACAACAAACCUCCACCUGGACAUAUCAGACGCAGUCAACGUGAUGGUGUACGUGGGAAUUCCCAAAGACGGUCAGGAGGAGGAAUAUAUCAAGGAAGCAUUUCGAGCCAUCGACGAGGCUGGUUGUGAUAUUUUGACGCGGAGGAGGGUCCGUGAGAAGCAUGAACUUCCCGGCGCCCUGUGGCAUAUUUACGCAGCCCGCGAUGCCGACAAAAUUCGAGAUUUACUUAACAAAGUAGCAAUCGAGAAGGGUGCCCGCCUGGAACCGGACCAUGAUCCUAUCCACGAUCAAAGUUGGUACCUGGACGGCACUUUGCGCGAGAGGCUGUACAAAGAGUAUGGUGUGGAGGGAUACCCAAUUGCACAGUGCCUGGGCGAUGCUGUAUUCAUCCCGGCAGGGGCUCCGCACCAAGUACGAAACCUGCAUAAUUGUAUUAAGGUGGCCGAGGACUUUGUCUCGCCAGAGAACAUAUCCCACUGUUUCCAUCUAACCCAAGAAUUCCGCGAACUGUCUGAGACGCAUUCCAAUCACGAGGACAAACUGCAGAUCAAGAACAUCAUCUACCACGCCGUCAAAGAUGCGCUAUCCUGCUUGUCACAUAUUCUGAACCAGCAACUGGGCAAGGGCGACUCCAGCGCUGCUCCGGGCGCACAAACCGCAGCUGCAGCAUCUACCCCGGCGGCUGGGUCUGCUCCAGCCACGGGCACGAGCACGACAACAAACGCCAGUGCGACGACGGUCUCUGAGAAAGAUGUAAAAAAGGAAGAUCCAGAUGCGUGAUGUGAUGACGAAAGAUAUUUUCAUGUGAGUUGAGUCUAGAUUUAGGAUAUAAAACUUUUCGAAAGAGAAAUGAGAUAUGAUAGUGAAGAAUUGUGUAUGUUUUAAACUAUAUAUAAAUUUAAAUACGAUUACGUUUUCCUUCUGUUUCUUGUAAAAAAUAAAUUUACGAUUCAGAUGUAGGCUAUAAGUUUAGAUUACUGCGAAAUUAUAAUGUUUACAAAAACAAACUAAAAUAAACAUUUGGACAAAGUGAAUCUAUAA